AUGAACCACUUCCAGACCAUCCUGACUCGGGUCCGGAUGCUGCUGUCCAGCCAUCGGCCGAGUCAAGUGCAGGCCCUCCUGGACCACAUGCUGGAGAAGGAGCUUCUGUCCCGGGAGUACCACUUCGCCCUGCUCUGCGAGCCUGAUGGCGAGGCCCUGGCCAGGAAGAUCUCCUUGACCCUGCUGGAGAAAGGAGACCCAGACUUGGCCCUCUUGAGGUGGGCAUGGAGUGGGUUGCAGGUCCCAGUGGCCGAGAGGAAUCCCGACUCCAAGGACCACGGUGAUGGGAAGGUGGAGCUGGACAGGAGUCAGGGCAUGUGGUUGAUCUGGCAGGAGCAGCAAGCGCUUGGACGACUUGGUCUGUGA